GGGCGCGAGGGGAGGAGUGGGAGCUGCGGAUUGGGAGGCUCCGCCCCGUCUGCCCGGGCGAUGGAGUUUCCGGACCUCGGGGCGCACUGCUCCGAGCCUAGCUGUCAGCGCCUGGAUUUUCUGCCUCUAAAGUGUGACGCCUGCUCGGGCAUCUUCUGUGCAGACCACGUGGCCUACGCCCAGCAUCACUGUGGAUCUGCUUACCAAAAGGAUAUACAGGUACCCGUGUGUCCACUCUGUAAUGUUCCUGUGCCUGUGGCCAGAGGGGAGCCCCCUGACCGUGCUGUGGGGGAGCACAUUGACCGAGACUGUCGCUCUGAUCCAGCCCAGCAGAAACGUAAAAUCUUCACCAAUAAGUGUGAACGCUCUGGUUGCCGGCAGCGGGAAAUGAUGAAACUGACCUGUGAACGCUGUGGCCGAAACUUCUGCAUCAAGCACCGUCACCCACUGGACCAUGAUUGCUCUGGGGAGGGGCACCCAACCAGCCGGGCAGGACUUGCUGCCCUCACCAGAGCACAAGGUUUGGCUUCUGCAGGCACCAUCUCCAGCCCAAGUCGGACCUUGCAUUCAUCUACCUCUCCCAGCAGAGCCACAGCCCAGUCUCCAUCACGGACAUCCCCACCAAUGAUUGCUCUGCAGAAUGGUUUGAGUGAGGAUGAGGCUCUGCAACGAGCUCUAGAACUUUCCCUGGCAGAGGCUAAACCCCAGGUCCCAAGUUCUCAGGAGGAAGAAGACUUAGCUUUAGCACAAGCACUAUCAGCAAGUGAGGCAGAAUACCAGCGGCAGCAGGCUCAGAGCCGCAGCUUGAAGCCAUCCAACUGCAACCUGUGUUAGGGCCCUGGGCUUGGGGAGGGAGGCUCUGCUGAGAGGACUGUGGCCCUUAUACCGUGGGGUCCACAGGGAGAGGAGGCCCAGAACAGCUGGGAGUGAAGACCAGGAGGACCGAUGAGGAGCCUCCAGUGAACAUCAGAAGAAAUAGCUGGUGGAACUGAGCUGACAGAAGGCCCUGCCGGCCUCACUAGCUGCCUGGGAGAGAGUGGCUAUUUACUGUUCCCUGGUUGGGUCCUUGGAAGGGGCUGGCCAGGGCCCGCACAUUCCCCUCUACACUGGAGCUGCCCCCAUGUGCAGGGAGCAGGAAGGGACCUGGAAAGAAUAAAGGAUCUUGGCAAAGACAUCAGGUGGUGUGCUGCUUUCCCUUUCCAACCCCACACAGAAGCGUCCUACGAAGAAUGCUCAUCUGACCUAGGGAUAGAGGCCGUUGCAGUAACCUAUACCACAAAGUCACGGUGAUCCUAUCACAGUCCACAUUUUUAUUCCCCCAAAAGGGCUUUCCUGAAAGGUGCCUUUCCCUCGUGAUAGCUAGCACCGUACCCGAAGACCAGGUUAAAACAUGCCAGGGAAGAGGGAUACAGUUUAUUCCCCUCUUGAGGUAUCCUUUAGGAAGAGCCACAAGUUUUGUCACUAUUUAGUUGGACUUGGGAUCUUCAGAGACUUCCUCUUGUCCCUGCUGCUGCAGCUGCCACAUGUCCGCAUACACCCCACCUCGAGACAACAGAGCUUCAUGCCUGGGGCAAGAAAGAAAGCAUGAGUUCCAACUAUCAGUUCUACCCCAAGAGUCCUCAUGACAACCCAUAGAGAUGACACAGUGGACUGGUGAGAAAAAUCCCAUCCAGGAACCCCUGGGAUUUCACCACCAUUUCCUGGGGUCCCCAACUCCAAGGCCCUGUGCUGUUUAUCCUGCUUACCGUCCUCUUUCUACAAUGCAGCCAUCCUUGAUGACGAGGAUCUGGUCAGCACUGACCACAGUUGAGAGCCUGACAAGUCAAGAGAUAGUUACCCACAGCCCCACUAAAAGUGCAGCCUCUCCCUGCUGCCCCUGACUGUACCUGUGUGCCACUAUGAUGGUGGUGCAGGAGGUGCAGACUUUGGCCAGUGAAGCUUGAAUGGCCCGUUCGUUAGACGUAUCCAGUGCUGAUGUGGCCUACAGAGAGGGUCUGGGUCAAACUGCCCCUGCCUCCCAAAAUCCCCAGAGGAGGGUGGAAUCAAACUGCUAGUUGAGGUUUCGGGAAUAAAAAAGAACUUGGUCUGAGCUUUGGAACUGUAAGG